AUGACAAAUUCUAAGUCAACUGAACCCGCAGCUGCAACUUCAGCUCCAAAACUCAUCUAUAAUAGCUUGGGACAAUCGCUUUACAACCUCGUAUCAUUCAUUGAAGGCUAUGACCAACAGGUGUUGUCCAUGUGCAUGAGGGCUUUCGAGUUGACUUUGGGUUUUUCGCAGUCUCAGUUGUCUACGUUGGCAACGGUGUCUACUAUGUCGCGCAUGGGUUGUUGCCUAAUUUGGGGAUUGCUGGCAGAUAAACAUCACUCGAAUCACGUUCUUGGGGGUGGUUUGUUAGUGAUGGGUAUGGCUUCAAUUCUUCUAAGUUCUGCGUCGCGUUACAAUGUGAUUGUGUUUUUGCGUUUCCUACAUGGGUUCGGGUUUGCGUGCGUCUACCCAGUGCAACAAAAGAUUGUUGCUGAUUCAACGAGCUCAAAUGAAACAAAGGUAACAAAUGGGGCACCGGGGCAAUCGAUGGCGGGAGGAACAGCGACCCCAGAGAAACCAAAGAAAUCUGAGGGUAGUAAGAUAUUCACACGUCUACAGUCUCUUAAUUGCAUUGGGCGAUUGUUAUGCGCUGUCAUAACCACACUUAUUGCACGCAAGGUAUUAUUGGGAUAUUAUGGCUGGCGCACUUCCUACGUAGUGCUGGGGUACAUAUGGACAUUGUUUGGUGUUGCAAUUAUUUUCGGGAUGGAAGGCAAUAAACCUUCGCUUUCUAAUGGUGUAAAUGGUGACCAAGGGCCAAGUACGUCAGAGGAUACAACUUUUAACAAAUUAUUAGAAGGUGCAGCCAAGUCUGUGUUUAUGACUGCAACGACAUGGAUAUUGAUAUUUACCAUAUUCAUAGCAGAAGCUCCAAUGUGUGCUUUUAAUUAUAUGACCAUAUACUUGCAAUAUUUGGGAGUAUCCGACACAAUGGCUGGUGUUGCGGUUGCUGUUACAUUGAUUGGUGGCGCAGCUGGAAGUGCAGCAGGGGGAAUGAUUAUAGAUACGAUUGCUAAAGCCGAUAACGUAUAUAGUGAACUUGGUUCGGGGGCUGCCGUGAUGGUAGUCCGACUAGUUGUGUGCCUAUUGUUUUUCUUAGGGAAGGCGCCAUCUGGAAAGUUGCUUUGGUAUCACUACGUCGAGUUGGCAACGCUGGGCGGAACAUUAGUAACGCUUGGCGGCGUAGAUAGGGCAGUUAUGAAAAAAUCAAUCAACGAUAUGUACCAGGGCACGGCAUCUGCCAUGGUUCGCACCAUAUCUGGCAUCGCAAGUAGUGUAGUUUUUUUCCAGGUUUCUGCGUAUUUAACUGAGAAGGUAUUUGGCUAUGUACCAUCUAGGGAGUCGUUCGAUACCAUGGAUGCGGCUGUUAAAGAAAGAAAUGCAGAGGCGUUAAGGAAGUCGAUGAUGUACAUUAUUUUAGCAGGUACAUCGAUCAACACAUUGUGUUAUAUUGCGUUAUUUUUUACUUAUGAGAAUGAUAAAGAUAAACUUAAGCGAACCGAUGCAACACAACGUGAAUCGAACCAUGUAACGGCGAAAUAA